AUGUCAGAACAAAUAACCAGAAAGAAGAACGUUACCGGAGAGAAGGACUCAGAAAGUAAUACGGUUACGAAUAUGCUAGUAGGACCCCAAGUGGAGCAAGCAAGAGCUUCCGGGAUCAAUCAAGAUAUUCAUGGAGGUAAUAAGGACACCAACAUCAAUCAGAACCAAGGAGAUUCGGUUAACCCCAAGAAUCUCGGAUCGAUUUCAAACUCAAAUGAAUCGGUGAAAACUAAAGAUAGCUCGUCUAAGAAUCAAGGAGAUAGUACCAGGAGUGGUAAUCUCGAUUCAACACAAGAGAAAACGAUUGAAGGAACUAAUAAUCCUAAUCCAAAAUCAUCGAAUGCCAUAAUCAUAACGGAAGACCUAGUCGACGAUUGA